GGUGGCAGAAAAGUUCCCGAAAGUCGAGUUCUGGACGUUGACCUAAACAGGCAAUUUGAGGCUUGGCGGAAAUUCUGCCGGUCCGCAAACUUCAGGUCCGUUUGCUCCUGACAUCUGCCUCUUCGCCAGCUGCUCUGAACACCACAAUUCUUGCGGUCAUGGCGACCUUUUCACCAAUUUUGCGGCAGCUGGGCUGCUUACGGUCUUUCGCGAAACCCCAGCCGAUGGUGUCAUCCCAAGUCGCUCGCCGAUCGAUCACCACUACAUACACCGCGAAGCAAGAGCCAGUACCUCUUCCAAGCAAAUUGCCCGAAUCGUUCCUCUCCCAAAUACCUUCUCACCUGCAGCCGGCCAAUACUUCCAAGAAGAUCAAAAUCUACCCUGCUCCGCCUUCAACCCGGACUGUGUGCAAAGACCCCGUGGCAGCAGUGACCGAAUCGCAAUUGGCAAUUCUUGAUCCGACUGGCGAACGCAAAGCACUCUUCGACUACCGACGGAACCCCCGUAGUGUGAAGGUCGGCGACAUUCUGCGCGUAACCUUCAAGAACGGGGACCCAUUUUCCGGCGUCUGUCUCAGUAUCCGUCUGCGCGGCGUCGACACCACGUUCUUACUGCGGAAUGAGCUCAGCAGAGUGGGUGUUGAGAUGUGGGUAAAGGUUUUCAGCCCGAAUGUUGAGAGUGUCGAAAUCGUACAGAGAACGGAGAAGCGGAAGAGAAGAGCAAGGUUGUACUAUAUGAGACAACCCAGACACGAUAUGCGCAGCGUGGAGAACAUCGUAUCGAACUACCUCCGGCAGAAGUCCGCUAUUACCGGCCAGAGAGGAGGCCAGAGGGGCGGCCGUGGGCAGAAACGGCGUUAGGGGACCCGCUGCUCAUUUGGGGUUUGCAUUUGGCGACUGUAUUAUUACUUGCACAUGUAUAUGGCCAUUGACGUUUACUGAUUUACUUCUUGUAACCUCUGAUAGAGAUCAAUAUAGGGUAUGUUUUUCGAGGGCUUUGCUUCCACAGCAUGAUUUGGAUCACGUGAGGGGAUAUACUGCGUUUUACAUAUUUCUUGGCAUGAUCCCUGUCUUCUGAUUAAGUAGCUCAAGUCUCUGGGUGAUUUUCGAUCUUGGAUGACGGCUGUACUCACAUAUCUCGAUAGUUGAUCUUGCCAUACUUCGAUCCCGGGUCUGUUGCUUCUACUGCCUCUGUUGAUUCUACUUCUGGUCCUGGUGACUUGUCACGGAUAUGGUAGAGAACUGGCUUAGGGAGCGUACGACAUACCCGGCAUCUUUUGCAUAAACACUCGGCCACUGAAGUCGUACUGGUCUACCCGUCGUCUGAUCUCUAUAGGUUUAGGACCAACACCCCGGGCCUAGUUUAUCCUACCGUUUACUAGUAAAAAAGUGCAAGAAUAGGC